CACACACACAGCCGUCACAGUACGUCGAUGGGCAUGUGGGAUUUGUUUUGUACGCCGAACAGUCAGCGUUGACUUUCGCUUCAGUCUUAGUUGUGGUAUAACCUGUGUUUGUUUAAGACACUAAACGUCUCUUACUUUGGGUCUCUUCUGUUUGGGGAACCCGGAGGCUUCGCGAUGCCGUCUUACUCGGAGGCGUCACGAUGCUAUCCGAAGCUCCCGGCGCUAACUAGACACCAACUCAGCGUUUAGCCGCCGCACAGCUUGUCGUUCUCGGUUUAGACGUUUUCUCAGGUUAAGUCAAGUGAAGCUUGAAAGGUCUGGUUUGCCAAAAUAACGAGGCGUGAAGGAUGCCGACGGUGGUCUUGAUGGACGUGUCGCUGUCCAUGACACGACCUGUGUCACUGGAGGGCAGCGAGGAGUUCCAGAGGAAAAACCUGGCCGUCCAUGGUCUCACUAUGCUGUUUGAACACAUGGCCGCAAACUACCGCUUGGAGUUUACUGCACUGGUUGCCUUCUCCUCUCUCUGGGAGCUCUCGGUCCCUUUCACCAGAGAUUAUAACGCACUACAGGAGGCCCUGAGUAACCUGGAAGACUAUGACAAAACAUGUAUUGAAGCAGCUCUUAAUGGAGUCAGCAACAUAGUGCAGCAGGAAUGGGGCAGUGCUUGUCCAUGUCAGGUGGUACUGGUGACAGAUGGAUCUCUUGGUAUUGGAAAAGGUUCCCUGCGUCAUUCCCUUCAGACACUGAAGCAUCGCGGGGAUGACAAAAAGUUCCCGCUCCCUUUUCCUUUUCCAGCCAAGAUGUUCAUUUUGUGUGUUGCCAAUGCAGAAGAGUUACAGUCGACAGACGCCAUGAACAACCUGGAGGAACUUCUUCGUAUCAAUGGAGGAGAUGGACAGAUCUUCACUAUGGAAGGACCGCUGUGCCUGAAAAGUGUGCAGGGCAUGUUUGGGAGGCUGAUUGACCAGGCAUACUCCCCCUUCCAUGCUGUCCUCCACUGCGGGAACCUGUCAUCGGAUGUUCAGGUCUUUCCUCGGCCUGAGCCUGUAGUAGUGGAUGAAGAGGUUGAGCCCAUGCCAAGAACAGUCAGCACAGAUUUGGAGAUUAUGGGCUUCAUUGAGAUAGGCGACAUUGCCAGCCCCCCUGUUAUAUCCAGGCACUUAGUGCUGCCUAUUGCUGUGAGCAAAGAGGUAGAUGAAGUUGGCACAGGAACCACAGACGAACCUGAGGAGGAGGCCUCAGCCAGCCAGAUGGCAGGAAAGAGUCCAAAUUUCUGUGUUCUUUUACAUGGCAGUCUGAAAGUAGAAGGCAUGGUGGCACUGGUGCAGCUAGGGUCAGAUUGGUUUGGUAUGCUGUACUCUCAGGCAGACAGCAAGAAGAAGUCUAAUCUGAUGAUGUCUAUAUUUGAUCCUGGUCCAGAGCCCUUACCUUGGCUGGGAAAGAUCUCACAGCUAGGACCAAUCUCAGAGGCAGCUGAAAAUCCUUAUGGAGAGGAUGACAGUAAGAGUCCGUUCCCUGUGCAGCCCCAGAUCAAACGCAGCUAUGCCCAGAAUGUCACCGUGUGGAUCAAGGCCAGUGGGCUACAGACUGAUGUACAGAAGAUCCUAAGGAAUGCAAGGAAACUGCCAGAGAAGACGCAAACCUUUUAUAAGGAGCUGAACCGUCUGCGGAAGGCCGCCUUGGCUUUCGGUUUCUGGGAGCUCCUGAAAGGGGUGGCCGAGCUGCUGGAGAGAGAGUGCACGCUGCUGCCAGACUCAGCCCACCCGGAUGCCGCCUUUCAGCUCUCCCAUGCCGCCCAGCAGCUCAAACUGGCUAGCACCGGUGACUGCCAGUACUCUGCUUUUGGUCACAACAUUGUUCCCAUGCACACAGACUUCUCAAGUUGAGCCUCAGCCGA